AUGGAAAUUUCUACAGAGGCAAGUAGAAGCAAUAUGGAAACAACAGCUGAGAGCUCUGAUAAAUCUGUGCAUUAUUAUAAUAAGAAAUCAAACUCAUACAGCAGUCAAGCAGAAGCUAUGUCAUUUUUUGAAGAAGGAAAUUUAAGUAUGAAUAAUGGUGAUUAUGGAACAGCAAUUGAAAACUACAAAAGAUGUUUGGAAAAUGCCGACAAGGAUAACGUGAAAAUGAUGGUUUAUUUUUGUCUUGGUAAUGCUUACACCCUCUGUGAUAAUUGGGAGGAAGGAUUGAACAGUUUUAAUGAUUGUUUAAAGUUUUCGUCUAAAGUUGAAAGUGAAUAUUUUGAACAUCAACUAUACCUUGGCAUGGGGAGUGUUCAUUCUAACAUGAAAAGAUUGGAGGACGCCAUGAAGAAAGAUGAAAUGGAAUGUCUCUGCCAUAUUGCAUUGGGAGGAUUGAAUAAGUUGCUUAAAAAUUAUGAGCAAUCUUUGGAGCAUUAUAGAAAAGGAUUCUCUCUUAUUAUUGAAUCUCAACAGCAGCAACAUGAACAGCAUCAUCGAUCGCGACGACCAAGAAAAGUUGGUGGUAUCAACGCAGUUAGUAUUUUAGAGAGCAGUGACUUAUUCAUGAUAGGUCGUGGAUCUCCAUUGAACAGUGAAGGAGAAGUUGAAUGUGAUGCAAUGAUUAUGGAGGGACACACUUUACAAACAGGUGCUGUAAUUUCUGGUCGAAAUUUCAAAAAUCCAGUUUGUCUUGCUCGAAAAAUAAUGGAACAAACACCACAUUGUGCUCUCAGUGGUGAUGGUGCUCUGAAAUUUGCUUUGAGUAAAGGUUUUCCUUGUUGCUCGCCAAAUGAAUUGAUAAAUAAACAAAAACGUCUUCCUCCUGAAUAUUUCAUGGCAUAUGUUGAUUUUUUUUGCGACGGAAGACCUUUUCCUGAUAUCUCCCCUGAUAUUUCUCUUGAAGAAGGUUUCAAUGGCGAUACUGCAUUUGCUGUUGCAAUUGAUAGAAAUGGCCGUUUGGCAUGUGCCACGUCAACUGGAGGUAUGCCCGGCAAACUUAAAGGUCGUGUUAGUGACACUGCAUUAGUUGGUUGUGGUGGAUAUGCAAAUUAUAAAGGAGCAGCUGCAGCAACUGGUCAUGGAGAGAAAUUGAUACAAUUGAACUUUACAAGACAAGUUGUAUUUAACAUGGAAUCAGGAAGUGCCCAAGAAGCUGUACAGGAUGCUGUGAAUUUAGCUCAAGAAACAUUAAGAGGACGCCCAGGAGGAAUUGCCAUUGACAGUCAUGGAAAUAUUGGAAAGGCAUUUAAAAAUGACCUCAUGCCUUGGGUUAGCAUCAAAAAUGAUGAAAUGAAAUUUGGGUUGGAAAGGGAUGAAGAAGGAAACUAUCCUUUUGAAUUGAUUGAAAACAAUGGCGUUGUAUAG